AUGGUGCUUAAAGAAGUUAAAGAAGGUUCAUCCCAUUAUAGAUACGGAUAUUUCAGGAGGAAUAAGUCCAGAAAAUGUGUAUAUAUCUGUGGAUUUAGACAAGGAGGUGAACUCUCUUUAGAUACCUAUUUUACAGGCGCACAACGCUUGGUUAGUGUUCUAUUGUACCUCUUGGAGGAGGUGCAGUCUUUAGCGGAUGGGUUCCAUUUAACUCUUCAACCAUCAAUCAGUUUCCUGAAGAUGCUAAAAAGGUAUAUGUUGUAUUCUUCUCGUCACUGUUUCUUGGGUUCUCUGAGUCUCUCCAGACUUCUUUUGUAUGCAGACACCAUCUUGCGGUCUCAUGGCAUUGAUGACAGGACUGUACUAUUAGAAGCUGGUGGUCAAGCAGCUCUUCCUUUCCUUCAACAAGCUGGAAUUACUUGUGAAUUCAAGGGUUAUCCAGAAUCUUGGGCACUCAAUCACUAA